CCACCACCAAGCUCACUCGUUUCACUUCACUAUCAUACACACAAAAUACAAAUAGAAAAUCUCCAAUCAUGUCUUCCAUGCGCAAUGCUGUCCAGCGGCGGAACCACAAAGAGCGCUCCCAACCUUCCUCCCGCCAAAAAUACGGCCUCCUCGAGAAGAAGAAGGACUACGUCCUGCGAGCCCGCGACUUCAAUACCAAGAAGGCCAAACUCAAGAUCCUCCGGCAGAAGGCCACGCAACGCAACCCCGAUGAAUUCUACUUCGCAAUGAUCAACUCCCGCACGCGAGACGGCGGAAUCCACGUCGCACCGCGGCAGGAUGAGGGCCCUCUCAGCCAUGACGUGGUUAAGUUGUUAAAGACUCAGGAUGCGGGGUACGUGCGGUUGCAGAGUGCCGUGGAGAGGAAGAAGAUUGAGAAGUUGGAGGAGAGGUUGGUGCUGAAAGAUAAGGGUGGGGAUGCGGGAGCGGGGGGGGUAGGGAAGCAUGUGGUCUUCGUGGAUGGGGAGGAGGAGGCGAGGGGGUUUCGGCCCGAGAUUUAUUUUGGAACUACAAAGGAGAUGGUCGAGAGAAGGUUCAAUAGAAUGAGGAAGGAGCAGGUUGAGGAGAUUGAGGCUAAAAAGAGGGCUGCCGAGGAGGGACUGCGAAAGAGGAGGAAGAGCGUCAGGAAUAUUGAGGCGGAGAAGGCAAGGAGAAAGGAGGAGGCGCUUGCUAAGAGGAAAUUGCGGAAGGCGAGGGAGGGGGGGGGGCGGGAAUUAGAAGCUCGCAAGCAUCGAGAGGCUGAGUUGAAACAGGCUGAGCGAGAGAUGGAAUUACAGAGGGCUAGGAUGGGUAAAGGUGGGAUGGUGAAGAAGAACAAAUGGGCAAGAGUCAGGAAGCGAUAAACGCCCAAGCCCCGGCCACACCUCCCGUACCUACAGCGCCAUCUUUCCUCGAACUUUCAUGUAUAUUCCCCA